GUAAUGAUUUUCAAGAACUGUAAAAGAAUGGUGGAGAUAGUGGGAAAUCUUAAGUUUUCAGUUGCAAACAAGACAAACUUGUAUUAGGACGGGUCCAUGAUUUCAUGCAAUUUUUGUCCGAAAAACAUACAUUUGUCUAUCACCUUCCCAUUGAAGGUAUUGGAAAGUAUUGAAGGCUUCUUUUCCCUCUAAACUCAUAUAGAGGCUUUUGACUUCGCCUUCCCAUUGUACACUUUCCAGCAUGUGACGGCAAUAAUGGCUGGCAAUUUCGGACGCAGGUUGUACACCAGCUUCUGGGAAGCUACAAAUCCUUUCCUUGGGCGUGGACUCCGGACAAAUCGCACACCACUUUCAUAUGAUAUAGCAAGCUCGGGCAACGUCGUAUGCGACAUUUUGUUUAAAAGACAGAUUAGAAAGAUAUCAUCCCUACCUCCCGGCAAGACGACGCAGAUCACCAAACGAUUCGCUUCCGGAAGUUUUCUUGUACUUGGAAUAGCCCCAAACUCAACUGCAGUAGAGACUGGGACAACCUGUGCGGUGGCUUCAGAAAAGAUCAUAUCGCAUGUCACGCAUAGGACCUACAAGUUCGAUAGAAGGCUUCUUCAUGGCUCAUCAAGAUAUGCAUCGCCAAGAGGAAUCCCCGCAAGUAAGGAUGAUCCACCGAAGACGAAAGCGCAUAAUGAAACCUUGAAAUACAGCAAUGGAAGCUCUAUCAGAAAUGUUAAGUCUCCCGAAAAUGGUGCUACUAUCCAGAAGACAAGGUCAAAGCAGGAAAUGCCUGAGGAGCAACAGUCAGGGCGCCAUCUAAUUGACCGUCUACCACACAUGCCACAGUUACAUCGGCCAACAAAAGAGGAACUAUUAGCUGCAGCCAAUGGCUUUUGGUCUCGACUUAAAGUACGAUUCAAGUGGUUCUCAAUUCGAAGUGUUCGACCUUUUAAUCUCGAUGAGAUAACGGCACUCUUUUCGUGGGUUCUAUUAGGUCAUGUUGUUUGGGUUGUCUUAGGCACAACAACAUUCUUCUCCCUGUUGAUCAUCGCCAUCAACACGGUUUUCGCCCAAGAAACCUUGGCUGGAUGGAUAGGUAAUUAUCUCACGAAAUCGUCUGGGGUGAAAGUAGUGUUCGAGUCAGCGAUUGUCCCCAAGUGGAGGGAUGGUGUAAUUACGUUUAAGAAUGUCUUUGUCUCUAGACGACCCGGUCAGGGGACAGGCCACGUUAGCAAAGGCUCCCCCAAAACUGCUGCUGCUGUGGCUGCGGCCGCAGCGCUCAAUGACCGGCCUACCACGGAAUUGUUGGAUCAGCGGCUGUCAUCGGCCGAAGAGGAUACAAACUACACGCAAUUCGACCUGGCAAUUGAGACUGUCAAUGUUACAUUGUCAUUUACAAAAUGGAUCAACGGCAAAGGACUGCUGCGCGAUGUCGAGGUGAAAGGGAUACGGGGUGUGGUCGACCGCAGAUUCGUUUAUUGGUCAGAUGAUGACCUUGAUCCAAAAUCAUACCGGCAUGAACACAAUCCCGGGGACUUCGAGAUUGAUUCGUUCAAAAUGAGCGAUGUGCUAGUCACAGUUUACCAGCCAGAUAAUUUUAGGCCGUUCCCUAUCAGUAUAUUUUCUUGCGAUCUGCCCCAAUUGAGAAAGCAAUGGCUGUUUUAUGACUUCAUGUCAGCCAAUAUGAUGUCAGGGUCUUUUGACAACUCCUUGUUCACUAUUCAUCCACGGCAGACCCACGGUUUCACCGGAGCACAGUUAGACAAUGGUAUUGAAGAGGGUGGCAGAACGAGCCCGUGGAAGAAGCAUAACCGAAUACGCAUUGAUGGUCUGAAUAUUGAUCAUCUAAACCGCGGAGUGCAGGGGCCAUUUUCAUGGAUCCAUGAGGGAACCGUCGACAUUGUUGCCGAUAUCAUGUUUCCAGAAGAGAAUGAUGAAAGCUUGACCAAAGUAAUGGCUGGCAUUUACGAUCGACUAGAAGCUACUGUCACCUCUACUCAAUAUCGUGAUACCGUAUCAGAAGCUCCCGCUCGGUCUGGUGAGACGGUUUCUGAGGGCGAUCGGCGAUUCCUAGUCACCGACUUACGACUACAUUUGAACAAUGUUAGGGCAGUUGUUCCUCUUUUCACGCGAGAUCUCUCAUAUAUAAACAAUGCCCUCAUCCGACCCAUAGUGGCAUACAUCAAUUCGCGUCGUACUUUCAUGCCUGUUAAUUGCCGUCUUGUCAAACGAGUCGGCGAUUUCGAUGGUAGCUGGACUAUCUUCGAUAGCGGCUUAAUGGACGAUCUUUCAGCAGCGGUGAGUCUACGAUCUUUCUUCCAACAAUGUUAGAGUAAGGCACGCUGAUGUCUCGCAGGUGUACGAUGCAUUCGCACGAGAUGUGGUUGAUGAGCAAGCACGCAAGCGACGUUUUAAGAAGGUAGGUUUUUGGUCCCUCCAAUUAGCUGCUCAGGCUAUUUUUAUGGGCAUGGCCGGAAAUAUAGCAUGACUUGUAUUACCAUCCAAAAUUUUCCCCCUCUAUGUAUGGUUCCCUGGCGUUCAAGGUCUGGACACUAAAGGCGUUACCGAGAUCAAAAGCGUUUUGAGCACCUUAGUCGACGAAUAGACAUCCAGAUUCCCUCGACUCUUGUUUGAGAUUUAUAUUUAUAUUCAACUCUUCUUCCUAGCAUUGGGAGGGCCUAGGCUCCUAUCACGAUCUCUACUCAUCCCCCUUCCCUCG